AAGAUGCUGUUGCUCGAAAGGGGCUGCUGGAGCUUUAAGAGCCGCUCCCCCCCCCUCCUGCUCCCGACAAUGGUCUGAGCCGAGCUUUGCUUCUCAAAGCAAAAUUUGUAAUAUGCCAUUUUUCCCAUGGAUGCUUCUCCUCUUGGCUGCUGACGAAGUGACCGAAGAAAAUGCUGAGGUGCCAAGCAGCCAGUCUUGCCGGAGGACGGGUGCAGGGGCUUGGGGUUCCUCGGAGCAACGCCUGUGUCACCAUUGCUAGGAAGAUGGUCCAGGAGUGCUCGGCUGUGUGAGUCCCCGCUCGAAGCUGGUGGAGACUGCGGUUGUUAUUGAUCAAGUGAAAUAGCAGACGCCGAAAUAAAAGCCACUAGAAAUGAUGUGUGAAGUGAUGCCAACGAUAAACGAGGACACCCCGAUGAGUCAACGGGGGUCCCAAAGCAGUGGCUCGGACUCAGAUUCUCACUUUGAGCAGCUGAUGGUGAACAUGCUGGAUGAAAGGGACCGUCUCCUUGAUACUCUUCGGGAGACACAGGAAAGCUUGUCACUUGCACAGCAACGCCUACAGGAUGUCAUCUAUGACAGAGACUCCCUCCAGCGACAGCUUAACUCAGCCCUGCCUCAGAUGACGGUUGCUGCUGGUACGAGCAUUGAGAAUAACAUUCAAAGGACCAUAUCCUGCCCUAAUGAAUUUGCUGCACUAACAAAAGAAUUAAAUGCAUGCAGGGAACAGCUGCUUGAAAAAGAGGAGGAGAUUUCAGAACUGAAAGCUGAAAGAAACAACACAAGACUGUUACUGGAGCAUUUGGAGUGCCUUGUCUCAAGACACGAAAGGUCACUGAGGAUGACAGUGGUGAAACGGCAAGCACAGUCUCCCUCAGGAGUUUCCAGUGAAGUUGAGGUCCUCAAAGCUCUGAAAUCUCUGUUUGAGCACCACAAGGCUUUGGAUGAAAAGGUAAGGGAACGACUGAGGGUUUCUUUAGAAAGAGUCUCUGCACUGGAAGAAGAACUAGCUGCUGCUAACCAGGAGAUUGUAGCUUUGCGUGAGCAAAAUGCACACAUUCAAAGGAAAAUGGCAGCUGGUGAAGGGCCUGCUGAAUCAGAGCAUAUUGAAGGAAUGGAGCCAGGGCAAAAGGUUCAUGAAAAGCGCCUAUCAAAUGGCUCCAUCGACUCAAAUGAUGAAGCCAGUCAAGUUGUUGAACUUCAGGAACUACUGGAAAAGCAAAACUAUGAAAUGGCACAAAUGAAGGAGCGUUUGGCUGCACUGUCUUCCCGGGUGGGAGAGGUAGAGCAGGAAGCAGAGACCACCAGAAAGGAGCUCAUUAAAACAGAGGAAAUGAACAGUAAAUAUCAGAGAGACAUUAGAGAGGCAAUGGCACAAAAGGAAGAUAUGGAAGAAAGAAUAACUACGCUGGAGAAGCGCUACCUCAGUGCACAGAGAGAAUCCACCUCCAUACAUGACAUGAACGAUAAGCUGGAAAAUGAACUGGCAAACAAGGAAGCCAUCCUACGUCAGCUGGAAGACAAAAACAGACAGCUGCAGGAGCGUCUAGAGCUGGCUGAGCAGAAGCUGCAGCAGACGAUGAGGAAGGCUGAAACCUUACCCGAAGUGGAGGCUGAGCUGGCUCAGAGAAUUGCAGCUCUGACUAAGGCAGAAGAAAGACAUGGAAACAUUGAGGAACGUAUGAGACACUUAGAAGCUCAACUUGAAGAGAAGAAUCAGGAACUUCAAAGAGCAAGGCAAAGAGAAAAAAUGAAUGAGGAGCACAACAAAAGAUUAUCAGAUACCGUAGACAGACUUUUGACAGAAUCCAAUGAGCGUCUGCAGCUACACUUAAAAGAGAGAAUGGCAGCACUUGAAGAAAAGAAUGUUUUGAUUCAAGAGUCUGAAAGUUUUAGGAAAAACCUGGAGGAGUCUUUGCAUGACAAGGAAAGACUUGCCGAAGAAAUUGAGAAACUGAGAUCUGAACUGGAUCAAAUGAAAUUGAGGGCUGGUUCUUUAAUCGAACCCACCUUGUCAAGGCCUCACCUUGACACAUCAGCAGAGCUGAGGUAUUCUGUGGGCUCCCUGGUUGAUAGCCAGUCUGACUAUCGGUCAACUAAAGUGAUAAGGCGACCUAGAAGAGGCCGGAUGGGAGUACGCAGAGAUGAACCAAAGGUAAAAUCACUUGGAGAUCACGAGUGGAAUAGAACCCAGCAGAUUGGCGUUUUGAGCAGCCAUCCCUUUGAAAGCGACACUGAAAUGUCCGACAUCGAUGACGAUGAUAGAGAAACACUUUUCAGCUCCAUGGACCUCCUGUCACCAAGUGGCCAUUCCGAUGCCCAGACUCUGGCCAUGAUGCUUCAGGAGCAGCUAGAUGCAAUCAAUAAAGAAAUCAGGUUAAUCCAAGAAGAGAAAGAGUCGACAGAACUGCGUGCCGAAGAGAUAGAGAACAGAGUGGCCAGCGUGAGUCUGGAAGGCUUAAAUCUAGCCAGAGUCCACCAAGGUACAUCCAUUACUGGCUCGGUGACAGCAUCGUCACUUGCAAGCUCAUCCCCUCCCAGUGGACACUCAACUCCUAAACUCACACCUCGCAGUCCAGCCAGGGAGAUGGACAGAAUGGGGGUUAUGACGCUGCCAAGCGACCUAAGGAAACAUCGGAGAAAGAUUGCAGUAGUUGAAGAAGAUGGGCGUGAAGAUAAAGCCACAAUCAAAUGUGAAACUUCUCCUCCUCCAACACCCAGAGCUAUCAGAAUGACUCACACCCUUCCUUCUUCAUACCACAAUGAUGCCAGAAGUUUGCCCGCUUCGUUGGAGCCAGAAAGCAUUGGUCUUGGCAGUGUCAAUAGCAGCCAGGACUCCCUGCACAAGGCUCCCAAGAAGAAAGGAAUCAAGUCUUCAAUAGGACGUUUGUUUGGUAAAAAAGAGAAGGCUCGACUUGGACAGCUCAGUAAGGAAUUAGUGGUAACAAGCCAAGGAGGUUACAUGGAAACAGAGGCAGCAGCUCAGGAAUCUCUGGGAUUAGGCAAACUUGGAACCCAAGCAGAAAAGGACCGAAGACUAAAGAAAAAACAUGAACUUCUGGAAGAAGCUCGGAGAAAGGGUUUGCCUUUUGCACAGUGGGAUGGCCCAACAGUGGUUGCCUGGCUGGAGCUCUGGCUAGGCAUGCCAGCCUGGUACGUUGCUGCCUGCCGCGCCAACGUGAAGAGCGGAGCUAUUAUGUCUGCUUUGUCCGAUACCGAGAUCCAAAGAGAAAUUGGAAUCAGCAAUCCUCUUCAUCGCUUAAAGCUCCGAUUAGCAAUCCAGGAGAUGGUAUCACUGACAAGUCCAUCAGCACCUCCAACAUCCAGAACACCCUCAGGCAAUGUUUGGGUGACCCAUGAAGAAAUGGAAAAUCUUGCUGCUCCAGCUAAGACGAAGGAGUCUGAAGAAGGCAGCUGGGCUCAGACCCUGGCUUAUGGCGAUAUGAACCACGAAUGGAUAGGUAACGAAUGGCUCCCCAGUCUGGGUUUACCUCAGUACCGAAGUUAUUUUAUGGAAUGCCUGGUAGAUGCGAGGAUGUUAGAUCACCUGACAAAGAAAGAUCUGCGUGUGCACUUAAAAAUGGUGGAUAGCUUUCAUCGAACAAGCUUGCAAUAUGGAAUCAUGUGUUUAAAGAGAUUGAAUUAUGAUAGAAAAGAACUGGAAAAGCGAAGAGAAAUGAGUCAGCAUGAAAUAAAAGAUGUGCUGGUAUGGAGCAAUGAUCGAGUCAUACGCUGGAUACAAGCUAUUGGCCUCCGGGAAUAUGCAAAUAAUAUUCUAGAAAGCGGUGUACAUGGUUCACUUAUAGCGCUGGAUGAAAACUUUGAUUACAGCAGUUUAGCUUUAUUAUUACAGAUUCCAACACAAAACACCCAGGCACGGCAGAUCCUUGAGAGAGAAUACAACAACCUUUUAGCACUAGGAACUGAAAGACGACUUGAGGAAAGCGAUGACAAGAACUUCAGACGCGGCCCCUCCUGGCGACGACAGUUUCCUCCGCGCGAGGUUCAUGGGAUCAGCAUGAUGCCGGGCUCAUCGGAAACGCUGCCGGCUGGGUUCAGAUUAACCACAACAUCAGGGCAGUCACGGAAGAUGGCGACUGAUGUUGCUUCAUCACGACUGCAGAGGUUAGACAGCUCAACAGUUCGCACAUACUCAUGCUGACAAGGCCUAGCAAAGAAGCCAGCACUGAAUUGUUAUGUCAUCUCUUUCUUCUACUUUACCUGAAGUGCACUCCCGCUACUUAGGAAAAAGAGCAUUAAAACUCUCUGCAAGAACAGGGUAAUAGGGAAGAGAACACAUAAGGUUUAUCAGACAAACAGAUAUGAUGUUCCUUUCAUGUAUUGGUUAGUUUAAAACAAGAAUAAAAAAAAUACCUAAAUUACUACAAAAAAAAAAAAAAAGAAAAACAAAACAACCUCCCCCUUUCCUCUCAGCAUCUCUGUCAUCAGAAAUUUGGCAGUAGUGCACAUCCAAAGCUUUUAUCAAAUGAAGCCACUCAUUUUUACAUUGUUCCAUCUGUUUUAUUGUAAAAUACUAGACAUUUACGUAUUUACUGUGUAUGUAUUUCUUUUAAAAUGUGUAAGUCUUAUGUAAAUGGAUAUAAAUAUGAUUUUUUAAAAAUAAAAUCUAUGGUACAUGGGGUCUCAGUGCAAACAUUUGACAAUACAGUGUCAAUAAUACUGUUUGUAUCUUUCCAUUCCACCAUUUUUACAGUUUUUGGAUUGUAACAGUCAAAUGAAUAUGUUUAGCAGAGUUAGAAGCUUCAACAUGUUCCUACUGAGAAAAUCUGUCAAUAUUUAAAGCUGAACACCUGCCUCUGAUGAUGUAUAAUAGGAUGACAUAACCUGGAACUGGAGCCAAAAUGGACCUCUAAAGACAAAAUGGAAAUGUUAGAUAUCUAUAGAGAAGCACCAUAAUGGCUCACCUGUUAAAAACAAACAAAUAAACCCAGAAGAACUGUUUACAAAAAAAAAAAAGCAAUUUAAUAAAACAUGAUUUAUACAAAAAACCAAAAACUUUCUUCUAUGUUACCUGCGGACCAAGACGAAUCUUGCUUUACCAAGAGCCACCUUUUCGUUCCAGGAUCUUCAGACACCAGCCAGCAUUGGAAAAUUAAAUCUAAUAUUUGCAUAGAAUCAGAUUCUUGUUUCCAGAUAUAGUCAACAAAGAAAAAGAAAGAAAAGAGAAGCCAAACCCCACCAUUUCUUCAUAAUAACAGGGCAUUAGACAGGCUCCUGUCUAACGUUAUGCUUUUAGCCAAGAUGGCCUUGCUGAGACUUCACAGAAGUCAGUUUUAUCAGAGGAAAUAACUGAAAGACAGAGUGAUUAAUAUAUAGUGUAUAAAAGUUUAGAAGAGCAAUUAUUACCUGCUGUGGCUUUAUUUGGUGGUGUUAUUGUUGUUUAUUCUUUGUUUAAAUGGGAAGUUUCAAAGUAAGACCUACUUAAUAGUCAUUUACCUAUUUGCUAUUUUUCUGCUGCUUGAUCUUAGCUCAAGACCUGUCUUUUAGUUAUUUCUUUUAGCAGUUUGAUCUGCAAUGUUUGCACGUACAUAAACAUUUGUUUUGUCUAUUUUCAUUUGGCAAAUUUCAGUCAAUCAGAUGGUGAAAGAUUUUUCUCCCCCAAUGUCAAUAAAAAAGAAUUCAGUGCUA